CAUGUUGGACUGAAGGAUUCAAAGCCAUGGCCCAGUCUCUGGAAACAAACUGCUACUUCCAGCAGUACCUUUGCCAGGAACUGCCAGGAGCUGCUGGAUAAAGGGAAGAUCCUGAACGGAUGGUACACCAUGCACCCCCAAGGCUGCAAUGCUACCACUGUCUUCUGCGAUAUGGACACGGAUGGUGGAGGAUGGAUUGUUUUCCAGAGACGCUUGGAUGGGUCAGUGAAUUUUUUGCGAGAUUGGAAUUCAUACAAACAAGGAUUUGGCAACCAGCUGACAGAGUUCUGGCUGGGGAAUGACAACCUCCACUUCCUCACCUCUUUGGGAGACUCCUUAUAUAGCAUGAGGCCAUGUCAUUUUCAACAGCAGAUCAGGGCAAUGACAUGAGAUCCUUCAACUGUGCCACAGUCUUCAAGGAGGGUGGUGGUGCAAUGACUGCCACACAUGCCUCUAACCUCAGCAGCACGUACCGACUGGGUGCACGCGGGAGCUGUGCUGACAGCAUCAACUGGAAGACGGGCAAAGAAUGCCAUUACUCCCAUAAAUGAACAAAAGUGAAAUUCAGGCCAGUAGUGCAGGAGGAUGUCUGACUGGCACUGGCAGAUGCCACCCAACAGAAGACAGAAAACAUCACAUUGUUUGAGGGCGAGAUCAGACCAAGAAGGACACUGUAAGUUGUGCCUUUGGCCCAGAGCAGCUGUAGCCUUUAGAGAUCAGAAGGGAGCAGUACUGCUUUGAGCUUUUGUAAGCCCUGACUUUAACCCUGCUCUAUCUCCAGCAGCCCUGCUGAUGCUGAGUAAGCUUUUCUGAAUGUAAAGAUUUGAUGUAAAGACUACCUUGGUGGUAAGGCUACUGUUUUUCAGUAAAACUCUCAGAUGGU